CUGCAUAUCAGGGAAGCGAAUCGGUUGUGCAGCUUCUCCUCGAGCGUGGGGCAGAGGUGAAUGCGAAGGGUGGCCAUUGCGGCAAUGCACUAAGGGCAGCAAAAUUCUUUAAUCGUCAAUCGGUU